GCCCCGCUUAAUCGGAACGGACGUCUCCGUGGCGGACUGUCUGGGAGGUGUCUGCUGGGAAGAAACAGCCGGAGGCGCGCCACUUUCGCUUUUGGAGGAGGGGGGUGGAAGCCCAGGCGUUUUUCUUCCGACUCGACAGCUUCAGAAGGGUCCAAAGGGAAGCCCGGAAAGCGCCCGCCAACAUGGAGGUGCAGAAAGAAGCGCAGCGUAUUAUGACGAUGUCGGUGUGGAAGAUGUAUCACUCGCGCAUGCAGCGCGGAGGCCUCCGACUCCACCGCAGCCUGCAGCUCUCCCUCGUGAUGAGGAACGCCCGCGACCUCUACCUCUCGGCCAAGCUGGAGGAAGAGGACGAGAUGGGCGGAGGAAGCGUGGAAAAUUUUCCCGGGCGGCAGCCGGACCUAGACCUACAAGGAACAGCGCCCAGCCCGCAGCAUCUGGAGGGUCCUCCGGCAAUCCUCUUCCCCCCAGCCCAACAGGAGGCGCCUCCACCCACGCCACAGCCCUGCGGCAGCCUGGAUCCGGAACCUAUGGAAACCCAGGAGGGGCCCAGUAGCAGCUUGCCCGCGCAUUCCUUGACCCAGACGGCUUGGAGCCGGGGCGCCUUGGGGCCUCUGCCAGUCAGCAGGAAGCCGAGCCGCAAGCGCCGCAGCAGCAGCCUAGGCAAGAUUGGCGCCGCCGAAGCCGGCCUGGUGCCUAGCAAGAAAGCGAAGUUGGCGGAGGAGGAAGGCGAGCGGCAGCCCCAGAGGCAAGAAGGGCCCUUUCCGAGCUUAGCCCGAAUCCUGCAGGACCGGUUCUCUAGCUUGAUCCUCCAGCCUCCGCCGGCCAAAGGCGCCGAGGAGCCCAAAGCGAACUGCAGACAAGGCGACGGCGUGCUGAGCAUAAUGGUGAGGGCCGUGGUAGCCUUCUAAAGCGCCCCCGCCGGGGACUCGUAGCUGAAAACUUCUCCCCGCGGAGAAGCGGAACCUGCGGAAGCCCCUCUCUGGGCAGAGGAGCUCAGUACCGCCUGUCUCCUCGGUGGCGGGACUUUGGCGGUUAGGACGGCGGGAGGCUGAUGGUGGCGCGGGGAGCCCGAAUGAGGCCUUCCCCCCCCCGCCCUCCUCCCCCUGCGACUUUAGGCGAGAGACGCUCUGGUGACUCGGGAGGAAGGCGAGACAAAAGGCCGAGCGACGGCUGGCCGCGGAGGGCGCUCCCUGGAACUGGGACGCGGUGGUUGAGCGCCGAAAGAGGAACUGGUCACGCCAGCGCGAACGUCGCUGUUCCUGGAAGAGAGAGAGGCUGAGAACUUGGGGUGUAGGGGGGUGGGUGGGUGGGGGAAUGGAGUCAUUUCCAAGAAAAGGGGAAAGACUUAUAGAAACCCUUCAGGCCUUUCAAAUCCUGAUCUGGGUGGAAAGCAACCACUAUCUGCUGCGUGCACUUUUUUUU